CAAAGUCGAUAUUAAAGGGGAUAGGACCAUUAUCAAUCUAUCGCCUUUAAGUUUGUUUUUGAGUAAUGUUUAAAAAAAAUCAUAGAGAAAAUGUUAUGUUAACAGAGAGUGACGGUGUCGGUGAAUGUGUAAAUGAUAAUGACAAACUAGCAGAUAAUAUUUUAGCUAGGUUAAUAGGGCCCAUCAAUGUUAAAAAAUGGCAUGCUCUGAAAAUUGUAUUGUCCUCCAAAACAAAUGAAGAAUUCGUGACGAAACUACUGGAAAUCGCUCAGGAAUUCCUGGAUAGGCAAGGAGGACAACUUGAGAAUGUUCAUGCAAAGAAACAGAAAAGUUUGAACAAAAAGCAAAAACUGAUCUCAUCAAAAGUCAUUCACAAUGGAAAAAGUGAACCCAGCGAAAUAAUUGUUGAAAAUGUACUGGAAGACCAAAACUCUAAUAAUGAAAGCAAUGAUAAUAACGAAAUUGAUGCUGAGAAACAAGAAGUUGUUUUACCAAAGCCAAAGUCUGAAAGUAACAAGCCAUCAAAAAAGGUGACAAAAAAAUCUGAACAUUCAGAUAGUUCCAAAUCGAAAGUAUAUCAAUUAAAUGAUAGAAAUAUAUUACCUUUGAAGGAUAUACACAUUUCUGAGAAUUUAACAAGUGAGAUCAAUACGAAAAAAAAUACUGCGCCAGAAAGUGAUCAAGCUGGUAGCCAACUGGACAAAAUAAAAAUUAAGUUAUGCCACUAUUGCAACACCCAUCAUAUUCAAGAUCAAUGCCCAAUUAAUUUUCCUCAUUAUAUAAUAAAUGAUGCCUUGAACACCACAAGUUGGAAGGAAAAAUUCAAAACCCUCUACGAAAUUAGCAGCAAUAAAGAUAAAAACGAAGUUAAUGGUGAAAUAGUUGCCAAAGAUUGUAAAUACAGCUAUUCAACCCUGUCUCUACCAAGCGUGGUUCAUAUCAAGGAAACAAACACUCCUCACGGAUUAGGAGCAUUCACGAAAAGUGACAUUGAACCGUUCACACAAUUUGGGCCUUUGGUUGGAGAAAUCGUCAAAGAAAUGGACAUCGCCGAAGACGUGAACAUGAAGUAUAUUUGGGAAAUAAACGCCGACUCUGGACACUUAUAUUUCCACACAGAAAGCACUGUUAAAUCAAACUGGCUGAGAUUUGUGAGACCAGCACCUACUAGAGAUGAGAGGAAUCUGUCUGUGAUAUCAAAAGAUUCAAAACUUUAUUUUGUUUCUACGAAAUUCAUCAAAUCAGAAACGGAGUUGCUGUAUUGGCAGGACUGUCAAACGACGGCGAAUAGAAAGAAAAUGGAAAAAACAACAUGCGGAGGGUGUAAUAUGGAUUUCAGUCAUCCCCAUUACUACAGAAUACACUGUUCUUUAUUCCAUGAUGUGAGAUACAGUCUGACGAUAAAAAAAUAUCACUGCAAAGUUUGUGGAGCAGCCGUAUUAGGAAAGGAAAAUAUUAUGAAACAUGCUGCCGAGUUACACAAUGGACAAGGAGCAUACCAAUGCCAAUUUUGUAAAAAGUUUUUCAUGAGGUUGAAUUACUUAGAAAUGCAUCGAACAUAUGGUUGUUCUGCAAAUCCACACAGAUCUCGUCCUCUAUGCGACUUUUGUGGUAAAAAGUUUUGCCAACCCCAGAAACUAAAAGUACACAUCAAGCGGAUGCAUAGCGAUAUUUCUCAAGUUUUGAAGGAGUUUCAGUGUAAGAAUUGUUUGAAAAUUUUGGGAUCUAGAGCCGCACUACAAAGGCAUUCAAAGGAAGUUCAUCAAAAACAAACUGAAGGACAGUGUUCUUGUUCUAGAUGUGGGAAGAGAUUUCAAAAUAAGUCGAAUCUCAAAAUACAUAUGUUGACGCACAGUGGAAUAAAGCCAUUCAAAUGUAACAGUUGUGAUGCAGCUUUCACUACCAAACAAUGCCUGCAAUUUCAUUACAAAAAAGUACACAAUUUCACCGAAGAUAAUAUGCCAAAAAUAGAGAGAAGUAUCGAUUAUACCUUUCAAGCGUAUAGUGGUGCUAAAGAUGAAUCUGAUCAUAACAAAAACGAAUCAUCUCCAAAUCAAGCAGAUAGAGAUACCGAAUCUGACAAUGGAAGUAUGGAUAGUGAAAAUAUCGAUGAUCCGAAACCAUUCGACAAUUCUCCUUCGAGGAACACCAACGACUUCCAUCCAAACUCACCGAUGAACAGUCCCUUUCCAGACGAUUGUGCGAAGAGUGAUUUGACGAGUAUUAACGGGAAGGUAUUGAGUAAAGGUUCCAAAAAAUGGAUUGGCGAUGAGCUCUCUGCCGUAACGAAAUUACCGGACAUAUAUUCGGUGGAGCGACUCAGUAAGGAAGACUUGUCGGGCAUAACGUUACAAGGAGCAGAAAUGUAUGAGAAAAACAAACUUUCAAACAUCAGCGAUUUCGGGAGACACGAAGCUUCAAACGCCAGUCUACUAGUUGAGGCAGCUCUAGACUCGGUGUGCCACGAACCUAACAUAGAUAUCGACGUGAGCUCCACUCCGAACUGUACCGAUUCCCUUGUCAAUAAUCUGUACAACUUGACGCAGCCGGAUAGUUUAGCCGACGUGAACUAUAAUGAAACGUGUAUUAACGACUCCAGAGACAUAAAUUUGAUGUCGCCUUCUGUCAAUGACCGCGUGUCAGUUACAGACGAAUUUAACGAAGAACUAAGACAAGACGAUAACAUUAGCAUGCACUACCCUAACUUUCACCAGAACGAUUUCAGCCCUCCACAUAGUCCUGACAUUCACAGAUCGAAUUUCGUCAGGAACUACAUCAAUAGUUUGUCGCCGCAAAACUCGUACGAACAAAAAAAUAAUACUCCCGUUCCGAGUCCUCCUAGGUAUGACUUCGGACAUGCGGUCAAUCCGGAGCAUUUAUCAUCCGAUGACAGCAACGGCAUGACCGUCCAGAAUCUCAGCCUGAAUGAUUCUAAAAAUGGAAUUCAAUUGGAUCUCUCAUUGUACAAGUCUUACAAGCAUACAAGCCAGGAUUACGUUAGGAAAUUGAAAUUUGCUACAGCUAGCGACACUUUGGAUCAAGACCAUGUAGAUGUUAUGAACCAAGAUCUCCCUAGUAGCAUUUCAAAUAUGGAGUCCGACAAGGAACUCGUCGAGAGAGAUGACCAUCCGAAAUACUCGGACGAACUAUCAGCUGAAAUACGCAACAAGUUCGAACUGGAUUUAGACAUGCGACUGAAGGGUUAUGACAGUAUUGACAGUGAAAUCCUGAGGCAGAGAAACCACACUUAUGAAAGCGGAGAAUUGGAUUUCCGGAAUAAGACUUAUGACUUGAUAGACCAAGUCGAGAACCGCAACAAACCGUAUGAUGGGAUCGAAUCGGACUUUCGGACUGACCGAAGUUUCGAGCCGAUAGUACUGAAUUCGUCAGAGAUGCAAGGGCUGGAUAUGUCUGCGAGGAGUUUUCACAACUACCCCAACAUCAACAGAUAUCACCCGCUCUAUCCGGACGUAGACAGAGUAGAUCUGCGGUUGAACUAUAGCCCUCCGCCUCCUACAUAUACGCACGCGGAUAUUCUAAGAGCGGUCUCCCUCGAUCUCACUUCUCCCGGCAGACACAGCGUCGAUCUCAGUUUGAGGAACCAUCCCUUGCAUCAAAUCGCCAAUUCUCGCUUGCUGACAGAACAUGGACUCCAACCGAAUCCACACAGACUCUUGGAUCAGAGUCGGUUGUUAGGCGCUGAACUGACUUCGACUAGACAUUUAAAUGGCGAGAGAAUGAUGGCGGAUGCCAGCAGUCGAAUUCUGACAGAUCACAGUACGUCGAGGAUAUUAAAUAAUGAGCAGUUGAGCACGAACCAUCUGCUAAACUCGGAGCAAAACAGGCUUUUGAGUGACGAGAGUAGAUUGCUCGGAGAUGGUAGGAUUCUCGGUUCGUCCACAAGUGGAGGAGUUUCGCCGGUGCAAGGAUUCAGUGGAUAUUCCAUUUCUCAAAAUCCGUAUCAUCCCACUCCUAUACCGACGAGGCCGCACGUUACUUCUCCGACACCCGCUCCUUAUCAUUACCCGGCUUAUUACUGAUGAAUGAUAAUACAUGAUGAAAAUCCGUCAAGUAUACAAGAAACACCUUAUAGUGAGAUUUUCACUACAUUGUUUUUCAAAAACAACAAUAGCUUUUUCAGGCGUGUCUGUACGUGUAUAGACUCAAUAAUAUCAAGUACAUUUAUUUAUGAUUGAUGUAUACAUCUGAUACUACAAUGACAAUGACAAUAUUAAAUUAUCCAUUCAA